GAGCAAGGCCAGGGACCGAACCCGCAACCUCAUGGUUCCUAGUCGGAUUCGUUAACCACUAUGCCACGACGGGAACUCCUGCAGUCACAUCUUCUAUGAUAAACUCCUAGGGCAUCAUGUCCUCUCCAGCAUAGUGUGCACGGCUAUAAUCACUUCAUGUUUAUUCAAGGAAUGCUUUAAAUAUCUCCUCCUCCUGACUCUAAGUUCCAUCAGAGGACCCUGGGUUUUGCUCAAUAUUCACUGCAUUCCCAAUGCGUGGCAGAGAGCCCUACAUAUUUGUAGAGCAAAUGAAUUACAUAAUGAAUCCCCACGGCUGCGGGGGCAGCACGUGAAACCCAGAUGAGAUCAGAAAGUUUUGGGUUCUUUAAGAAAAAAAAAAAAAAAAAGGUCUAAAAAAAACCAAAAUAAACUACCCUCAAGAUGACUUUAUAUUUCUCAACAAAACUGAAGUUACUGUUCGUCCCUCAGCUCUCCAUUUUCAUUCUUCUGAUGUUGGCAGAUCUUAGUUCUUAAAACAAACAAACAAAAAAACCCAAAAAAUCUUUUGUUACGUCUAAAGUAAUAUAAGACAUGCAAGAAAAUAUCCAUGGCCACAAUUUUUCUGAAAACAACAGAGUAAAUGGAGAGAGGACUAACCCUGUGAGAUUUUAAAACAUAUUAAGAAGGGACAAAAAGUACCCAAAAUACAUAACCAAAUACAAAUGUAAUCUUAGUUAAGGACAGACAGCAUUUAAAAUCAGUGAGGGAAGGGAAGUUCCCAUUGUGGCUCUCUGGUUUCAAACAGACUAGUAUCAAUGAGGAUGCGGUUUGAUCCCUGGCCUUCCUCAGUGGGUUAAGGAUCCAGCGUUGCUGCAAGCUGCGGUAUAGGUCACAGACGUGGUUCACAUCUGGUGUUGCUGUGGCUGUGGCAUACACCAGCAGCUGCAACUCUGAUUCUACCCCUAGCCUGGGAACCUCCAUAUGCUGCAGGUGCAGCCCUAAAAAGCAAUGAUAAAAAUAAUAAUAAUAUAAAAUUAGUAAAGGAAAAAAGACAAAACAAAACAAAAUAAAAGCAGUGAGGAAAGAAAGGAUAAUCCAUUAAAUAGGACUCAGAGAGGACAAGUAACUUGCCCAAAGUAACACAGCCCAUAAAUAGUGGGCUCACCCAUACUGUCUUUCUGAGCGUCUCUUUGCAGAACUUCCCCUUGAAAUAUUUCGCUAUCCUUGUUUAUUUCCGUACUGCUAAGCCUUUGACAGCGCAUUGCGAACGGAAGGCAGCAACGAAUGAGACCACAAAGGCACGCACGGGGAAAAAAAUUUUUAAGUUAGAACAAAAAUGGGUUUAUUUGGUGGGGCCGCCUACCCAGAUGCACGGCCCCAGGCCGGCCCUGGGCGCGUCUAGGACUCCGGGAGGACUCGUCGUCUCUUCGUCUCGCUGGUGGCCUCGCUCACGUGGCGCAGCGCCCGCAGGUGCACCAACCUGCGCCGCGCAGGACCCUCAGGACUCGGCUCACGCGAGCCCCAGCGGACGACGCCCAGCCCUCCGAGUCUGCGGAGGGAGACCCGCGGCCGGGCCGGGGACGGCCGCCUGGGGGAGCCCGCCGGAAGUGGCCGGCCGCCGGGGCCGCGGUGUGCGUAACGGUGGCAUCGCGCCCGACGCGCUGGCCGUGGAUGGGGUCCCGGUCGAGCGGGAGGCUAGUGGCCUGGAGGAAUUCAGGAUGUGGCAGGAAGUGGCUGUGAAUGAAUCACGAAGGGGUGCUGGGCUCCAGGUCCACACUCAGUGGGAUUCCUGCGCAGAAGAGAUGCUGGAAGAGGAGACAGAGCUGGUCUCACUAGAUUCUGAAACCUGGAAUAAGAUGAAAGAUUGGAAGUCAAAGAUGGAAAUUUCUGAAGAAAAAGAUUCAGCAAGUGCUGUAUCAGAAAGACUCCAAAGAGAGAUCUUCCAGGAAUGUCAGUUAGUGGAAAGCAGUGAUCCUGAGGACAUACUGAAGAACUGGGUAAGCCCCUUAGAGGAUGCAAUGGGACAACCCCCUUUCCGAGAGAGAGGCAUAAGGGAUGUGAAUGUGAUCCCCAAGGAAGCUGUUUCAGGAAAGAGAGGCCAUGGAUGUAAGGAAAGAGGAAAAAUACUUUCUACAGGAGAAAGCGCCCACACAUAUGAAGUCUGUGCCCAGAGCUUCAAACAGGAGUCACAAGUAACUGAACAUCAGAAAACUGAUAAUAUGAAGAAAACUUAUGAAUGUAAGCAAUGUGGGAAAACUUUCAAUCGGAGCUCAAAUCUGAUUAUACAUCAGAGAAUUCAUACAGGAAAGAAACCCUAUGUAUGCAGUGAAUGUGGAAAAGACUUUAAUCAAAGUUCAAAUCUUAUUAUACAUCAGAGAAUUCAUACAGGAAAGAAACCUUAUGUAUGUCAUGAAUGUGGCAAAGACUUCAAUCAGAGCUCUAACCUGGUUCGACAUAAGAGAGUUCAUAACCAUGAGACUCCCUAUGAAUGUAAAGAGUGUGGGAAGGCCUUCAAGGGAAACUCGAACCUUGUCCUGCACCAAAGAAUUCACCGUGGAGGGAAGCCAUAUGUAUGUAAUGAAUGUGGGAAGGCCUUCAAUCAAAGCUCAGAUCUUAUAAUACAUCAUAGAAUUCACACUGGAGAGAAACCCUUUGAAUGUUAUGAAUGUGGACAAACCUUCAGUCAGAGUUCACACCUUGUCACACAUCAGAGAAUACAUACUGGAGAAAAACCCUUCAAGUGCAAUAACUGUGAAAAGGCCUUCAGGCAGCAUUCACGCCUCACUGAACACCAGAGACUCCACAGCGGGGAGAGACCCUAUGAAUGUCACGAAUGUGGGAAAUCCUUCACUGGGCGCACAGCCUUUAGUAAACAUCAGAGACUACAUACUGGAAAGCAUGUUGAAUGUGAACAAGCCUGCACUUCUGACUUGGACCUUAUCCAACACCAGAGAGUUCACAGGGAAGAAAAACCUUAUGAAUGUACAGAGUGCGGAAAAACCUUCCGGGGAAGUUCAGAUCUAAUUCGGCAUUGGAUAACUCACACUGGAGAGAAACCCUAUGAAUGUAGUAAAUGUGGGAAAGCCUUUAGCCAGAGGUCACACCUUGUUACACAUCAGAAAAUCCACACUGGAGAGAAACCCCAUCAGUGCAAUGAAUGUGGGAAAGCCUUCCGACAGCGUUCACUCCUUAUCCAGCAUCAUAGAAUCCACAGUGGUGAGAAACCCUAUGAGUGUAAGGAAUGUGCAAAAGCAUUCAUCUGGCACACAGCUUUUCUCAAACAUCAAAGACUUCAUCAUGGAGAGAAACUUGAGGAAUGUGAGGAAACAUUCAGCCAGGAAGAGUUGCUUAGAAAAGAGCAGAGAAUUCGCCAAGAAGAGAAAGCUUAUCAGUGCAGUCAGUGUGGUAGAAUUUUCCAAAGCAGCUCAGACCUCAUCCGACAUCAGGUAACUCAUUCAGAAGAGAAACCCUUUGAAUGUAAAGAAUGUGGGAAGACUUUUAAUCAGAGCUCAGACCUUAUAAGACAUCAUAGAAUUCAUAGUGGAGAAAAACCUUAUAUAUGCAAUAAAUGUGGGAAGUCUUUCAGGGGCAGCUCAGAUCUCAUUAAACACCACCGUGUUCACACUGGAGAGAAACCCUAUGGAUGCCCUAAAUGUGGGAAGGCCUUCAGCCAGAACUCACACCUUGUUACUCACCAGAGAAUUCACACUGGAGAGAAACCCGUUGAAUGUAGCAACUGUCAGAAGGCCUUCAGUGGGCACACAGCUUUCCUUAAACAUCAGGAAUGUCAUACUGGAAGGGAGCUUGGGGAACACAAGAGAGUCCUCCAACAGGACUUAUUUUCAUCGGUAACACAGGCCUGAUGAAAGGAGUAGAAGCCUGCUGGAGACAACUUUUGCAUUAUAGAAGAUUUGUAUUGCUGAAAACCUUUCAAAGGAAUGAAAACAGAAGAGCCCUACUGGAUGGGAAACAUAAAAGUGUAAUCAGGUGGAAAAGCUCUUGGACAUAAUAGCUUUUUUCUGCCUCAGAGUUGACACUGGACUAUGGCCCCCAGAAUAUGAUUACUUGAGAAUGUUUUAGAGGACUUCCAUCAUUAUUAAAACCAUUAGAAAGCACUUUGCCAACAAACUAAACUCCUCAUGGAAAGAGCCAUUUCAAGUGACAAAUAUAAACCUGCUUUAAGUACUUUAGGGUGAUUAAAUAUUUCUCUGGAAUGAAUUCUUCCCCUUAGAUACGUACUUUAUACAUAUUCCCCUUUAUCUUCUUUAAAAAAUAUGCUUAUGCAUAUGUGAUAAUACUAAUUAAAAUGAUCCACUAAUGCAGUUCCCAUUGUGGUUCAGUGGGUUAAGGACCCAACAUAGCAUCCAUGAGGAUGCAGGUUCAAUCCCUGGCCUUGCUCAGUGGGUUAAGGAUCUGGCAUUGACGCAAGCUGCAGCAUAGGACACAGAUGCAGCAUAGAUCUGGCAUAGCUGUGGCUGUGGCAUUAGACAGCAGCUGCAGCUCUGAUUCAGCCCCUAGCCACAAGCCCAUAUACUGCAAGUAUGGCCAUUAAAAGAAAAACGAAAAUGAUCCACUACUGAUAGAAAAUAGGAAAUAACAGAAAUGACUUGACAGCAGGAGAGCUGAAGGCCAGGACCCAAGAACCAAGUGAAGUGUUCCCUAGAGAAAGAGUGGUGGCUCCUAGUAGUAUCAGGAAAUGAAGAACGAGGAUAGAACAGUGGGUGUUGGGAAUGGGAUCAGACCAAGUGCCAGGUCAGAGCAUUUAGGUGACAUGAGUUGGUGGGAAUUAGAAGAAAGCGACUGUGGAAGGUCAGGUGAUUAGAGGAGAGUGGUUUUGUCUUUUGUCUUUUUUUUUUUUUUUUCUUUUUUAGGGCCGCACAUGAGACAUAUGGAAGUUCUCAGGAUAGGGGUCGAAUUGAAGCUACAGCUGCCACCCUGUACCACAGCUCAUGGCAACACUGGAUACUUAACCCACUGAGCAAGUCCAGGGAUUGAACCCACAUCCUCAUGGAUACUAAUUGGGUUCAUUACUGCUGAGCCACAACAGGAAUUCCCGAGAGUGGUUUUGUCUUGAACCAGGGCUUUGUUAUUAUUUGAGAACUGGAGCGUCUAAGGAGAACUCGAGAGAGAUCAGUCAUUUAACCUAAUAACUGAUAUUGGUAAUUAGGCCCUACCUAUCUGUACAGUCUCUGAAUCAUCACAUAUUUCUUAUACCCUGAACAAGAAAUUAUGAAUUUACAGGAGUCGUCAGAUUAGGAAGUUACUGAAUGGGACAAUGUAAGGCAAGAAUUUCAACCUCAUAUCUUUCCCCAGUGGGAGUAGCUUGUGAGAUGCACAGAGAGGAUCAUUUUUCUCAGUGGGAUGAUUUUGCUCCCUAGGGGACAUAUGACAAUAUCCGGAGACUUUUUUUUUUUUUUUUUUUUUCCUUUUAGGGCCACACCUGCAGCAUAUAGAGGGAGGUUCCCAGGUUAGGGGCUGAAUUGGAGCUGUAGCUGCCAGCCUACACCACAGCCACAAUGCCAGAUCCCAGCCGCAUCUGCAACUUGCACCACAGCUCACAUCAACGCUGGAUCCUUAACCCACUGAGUGAAGCCAGGGAGCAAAUCUGUGUCCUCAUGGAGCCUAGUCUCAUUCGUUUCUACUGAGCCAUAACGGGAACUCCUCCGGAGACAUACUGAUUGUCACAACUAGGAAGAAAACAUUGGCACCUGAAGACCAGGGAUGCUGCUAAAUAUCUUACAAUAUAUAGCUUCCCCAUAACAAAGAAUUACCUGGCCCCAAGUGGCAGCAAUGCCAUUGCUGAGAAACCCAGCCCAUGGAUAUUUAGAACACCAGUCAGCUGAGACCAUUUAAGCAAGCAUUUCAGUGUGGCGUGGGCAAUGCAUCCCAAGGGGAUCCCAGAUUCUGACUUAAAAAAAAAAAAAAAAAAAAACUUUAAUUUGAUGAACUAUUUCAGGAAAGGCAACGUGGUGUAGUGGAGGGAGCACAGACGUGGGUUUGAAUCCAGUGUGACAAACUGGCUUCAGGACCUGGAACAAACUCUGUAAUUCCUCUGAUCUUCAUUUUCCUUAUUAGUAACGGUGAUAAAAUAAUGUGCCUCAUGGUGUAGUUGUGAGGUUUACAUGAAAAAACUGACAUGUUCUGUUGACACACAGAAGGGAAUCUGGCACUUUGAUCAUUUUUAAACAGAAGAUGAAAUAUCUACAAGGAAAGCCUGAGAUAUGUAAGAUAGAGUGGUGUCUUGUGGUUGGUGUAAAGAAUAUGACACGUUAAAGUUCAAAGUGUUGGGGGCUGUGACUUCCCCAGAGGGGCGUCCUGAACAGCGGAGGAUGUCUUGAAGUGGAGAAGCCCAGCCACACCACCCCUGAAAACUGGCUCCUUGUGGACGACGUGUGGCACACACUCUGGAAGCCUGCCUGUCCCCAGCACCUGCCUCAAAGGUUUAAGCUCUGGCAGUCUCAGGUAAGCUAAUAAUAUUUUUACAUGAGAGUAUCUUUUUUUUUUUUUUUUUGUCUUUUUGCCAUUUCUAGGGCUGUUCUCAUGGCAUAUGGAGGUUCCCA